CUCUUCCUCAUCCUUCGAUCAGCUGCCACAUGGUAUCCGCCGCAAGCAUGUGAGCUUCCAUCAUCAGAGACGACAUCGAGGAGAUGGGGGUGUGUUUUCUCCACGCCCUCCCGGCCCAUGACGCUUCAUCGACGGACUCACCUUCGGAUCCACGCAUCACUGAACUUCCCAACGCCUACAACGACGUGUUUGAAGGCCCGCACGGAGUAGUACCGGAUCGACCCAUCUGCCACGAGAUCAUCCUCGAGGACGGGGCCGUACCUCCGAGCGGUUGCAUCUCCCGAAUGAGCGAGGAAGAGUUGAGUGUGCUUCGGGCACAACUCGACGACCUUCUGGAGAAAGGCUGGAUUCGGCCUAGCUCAUCGCCAUACGGUGCUCCUGUUCUCUUCGUCCGGAAGAAGAACAAGGAUUUGCGGUUGUGCAUCGAUUAUCGCAAGCUCAACGCGCAGACGAUCAGAAACACCGGCCCUCUCCCACGCAUCGACGAUCUUCUCGAGCGACUGGGCGGCACAAAGUUCUUCUCCAAGCUCGAUCUCAAGUCAGGAUAUCACCAACUCGAGAUUCGCAAGGAGGACCGUUACAAAACCGCGUUUACGACGCGAUAUGGGCAUUUCGAAUGGCUAGUUAUGCCAUCUGGCCUUACGAAUGCCCCGGCCACUUUCCAAGCGGCUAUGACAACUAAAUACGGACACAUGCUGGAUCGAUACGUACUCAUCUACCUCGACGACAUCCUGGUGUACAGCCUGAGUUUGGACGAGCAUGUGGAGCACCUGCGCACCGUUUUGGAGCGGCUACGACAAGCCAAGUACAAAGCCAACCGCGACAAGUGCGAAUUCGCGCGGCAGGAGCUGGAGUACUUGGGUCAUUAUGUGACACCGCAAGGCAUCCGUCCGCUCGCGGACAAGAUCGAGGCCCUACGAGUAUGGCCCGAGCCCACCAACACCACGGACGUUCGUUCAUUCAUGGGAUUGGCGGGCUACUAUCAGCGAUUCAUCACCGGAUACUCCAGGAUUGCUGCACCUAUGACGAGGUUACAGUCGCCAAAGGUGCCAUUCGUAUUCGAUGACGACGCACGCCGAUCAUUCCAAGCACUUAAGACAGCUAUGCUCAUGGCACCCGUCCUUAGCAUCUAUGACCCCACCUUGCCGACGAGAGUGACUACGAACGCUUCCGGCUAUGGCAUUGGGGCAGUCUUGGAACAGCACGACGGCGACGACUGGCACCCUGUGGAGUAUUUCAGCCACAAAGUGCCUCCCAUCAACUCGCUUGAUGAUGCAAGGAAGAAGGAGCUACUCGCGUUCGUCAUGGCUCUCAAGCGAUGGCGGCACUUCCUCCUUGGGCGUCUGAUGGGGGUGGAAGAAGGGUUGGGGGUGGCCGGCUAUGGCGGAUGGGUGUGGGUGACGGAGGUGGAAGAAGGGUUGGGGGUGGUCGGCUAUGGUGGAUGGGUGUAGGUGAUGGAGGUGGAAGAGGGGUUGGUGGUGGUCGAGAUUGGAGGGGGGGUGGCGACAGCGAAAGCUUGUCG